AUGAAUUAAGGUUUGAAUAAUAAGAGCAAGGCUAUUAUAAUUAAAUAGCCUUAUCCAACUUUUAUGAGAGCACUAAAUUUAAGUAAAAAUACUAAAUCAAAUCAUGAAAUACCUAAAGAAUAACAAUAAAUAGCAACCUAAAGAACUUAAAGAACCAUCAUACCUUCAAUGUAUGAAACUAAGUUAAUAUUAUAAAUAGAAAAUCAAUCUCAAAUAAAAAUAGUUAAGAAAAGAUAAGAGUUUACGAUGUUUUCAAAUAGAUUCCCAGAAACAAAAGCCAAUCUUAUCAUAAUCAAAUUAAUAAGAUGGAUGAGUCAAGAGAUAUACUAACUAAACUUAAUUAGCAGAAAAUAAUCAAUGUUGGUAAAUAUUUUAAGUUUAAAUGAAGUAAAGAUUGUUAAAAAACAUCUAGAUUUUUAGAACCAGUCUAAACAACUCAUCGUAUUGAACUACCUCCUUCAAAUAAAAAAAGAUCAUAUAGCAAUGCAUAACCUAUAGAUAAACUAUUUAAGAUGAAUGACAACUCAAUAUCAUAUAUUAAGCCCC